AUGAAGAACCUGACUGCAUCACAUGCCGACCAGCACAGUUUCAUUCUGACAGGUAUCCCAGGGAUGCCAGACAAGAACCCAUGGAUGGCCUUUCCCCUGGGAUUUCUCUACAGCCUCACGCUCCUGGGAAAUGGAACCAUCCUAGCAGUCAUCAAGGUUGAUCAGAGUCUCCACCAGCCUAUGUACUAUUUUCUCGCUAUCUUGGCUCUGACCGAUGUUAGUCUCUCCAUGUCCACUUUGCCUUCAAUGCUCAGCAUAUUCUGGUUCAGUGUCUCUGAAAUUGCCUUUGAUGCGUGCAUCACACAGAUGUUCUUUAUCCAUGGAUUUGGAGUAGUGGAAUCCGGAGUCUUAGUGUCAAUGGCCUUUGACAGAUUUGUGGCUAUCUGAGACCCACUGCACUAUGCAUCCAUCCUCACCCAUGGUGUGAUUGCAAAGAUUGGAAUAGCUGUCCUCAUUCGAGCCUUCUGCGUGGUCUUCCCUGUUCCCUUCCUCAUAAAGUGGCUGCCCUUCUGCCACUCCAAUGUCCUGUCUCAUUCCUACUGUCUUCACCAAGAUGCGAUGCGGCUUGCCUGUGCCAGCACCCGCGUCAACAGCCUCUAUGGGCUCAUUAUUGUCAUCUUGACAUUGGGAUUUGAUGCCCUGAUGAUUCUCUUUUCUUAUGUACUCAUCCUGAAGACAGUGCUGGGCAUCGCCUCCAGGGCUGAAAGACUCAAAGCCCUCAACACUUGCCUCUCUCACAUCUGUGCUGUGCUCCUCUUCUACGUUCCUCUAAUUGGUGUCACCAUGAUCCACAGGUUUGGGAAACAUUUAUCCCCUGUAGUACACACGCUCAUGGCCAAUAUCUACCUCCUACUCCCCCCUGUCCUAAACCCCAUUGUGUACAGCAUGAAGACCAAGCAGAUACGAAAACGGAUCAUUCAAAUGUGCCAGCUGAGAAAGGACAGUUCUUAG